UAAAAAUUUUAAAGAAUGAAUGCUCAAGUUAUAGAUGAGUUAAAAAACAUGGAAGAACAUCUAAAGAAACAAAAUCAAUUAGAGUUAGCCAUUCGCAACGCUAUUUUAACAUUGCACACAGAGUUCCAAACACACUACGAUUUAUUGCAGAAUGAAAGGGAGGUGCAAAAGGAACUGCUCAAACGCAUGACUAUAUUAAUGGAACGAUUUCGCAUUAUACGUGAAAAGCCAAUAAAAGAAUCAAAUAUUGAAGCCAUAAUUGCAGAGGAAGGCAUUUUAAAUGAGUUUCACGAGAAAGUGCAGAAAAUACGGUCAUCCAAUGUCAAGCUGAAGGAACCAUACAUGAAUAUUAAAUGCUCCUUUGAAAAAUUUCAAGAUCUCUGUGAGCAAUUAGACUUAACAUUAGAUAGUCCAUUCAUAAAAGGAAAUCAUAUCACUAAACCGUUGGGUCACUUUAUUGAAAUAAUUAAUGAUUUUGACACGCAUUUCUACCAACAAAUUUUAAAUUUAGAACUUUAUUCGGAUUAUCUUCAACCGCACCCGGAGCAACUUAACCGCUAUAAGUUACAUUUAGAAGAUUCUGAAGAUUUUCAGGAAUUCUUUAAUAUAUCAAUGGUUGACUUUAAAUAUUUGCAGCAAAGAAGUAAAAAUGUGUCAUAGAACUUUUUUAAAUGUAAUUGUAUGUGUACAAAU